GGUUUCGAUCUGUACUCGUUCGUCUUUCUGUCUUAAGAUUUCACUUAUUUUUACGUAAUCGUGAAAAACCGAAAUUAUCAAAAUGUUGGGUCGUAUUGGCAGAAAGCAUAUCGAAACAGCAGCAGCAUUCACGUCAACCGCUCUCGGCUUUGGAGGCGGGGCAUUCUUAACGUUGCUGUAUUUCACUGAUUGGAAGGUUUUUGUUACCAACAUUCCUUUUUACAACGGGAAGUUCCAGGGUCUCGAAGAAGAAAAGUGAAUUGAAUCCACAUAACUCUCAAUUCGGUUAUGUACAAUUUCUUAUUAUAGUUUAUGAAUAUAAGUAAGUGUUAG